GCCAGUUGCUUCAGAGGCAGCUGCUGUGGCACAAUGCCAAAACACAUGGCAGUGAAAUCCUUUCCAUUUGAUCAACUUUCAAAGCCCCAAGACCCCCUGGUGCCACUGUGACGUGGAAGCAGUGGAGAACAGUUGGAUUUAAAACCUUUUCAGCUGAAAAACCAGCCAAAAAUCAGACCAAGGAGGCAGCCAUGGUGACCACGGCUCUUCGUUGGCUGUUCCUUAUAUCCGUCAUUAUCAUCACCAUUGGCGGCAAUGUGCUGGUGUGCUUGGCGGUGGGGCUGUGCAGACGGCUUUGGAGACUAUCCAACUGCUUUGUGGUGUCGCUGGCGGUGGCAGAUCUCCUUCUGGGACUGCUUGUGCUGCCCCUCUCAGCUGUGGUGGAGCUGCGCAACGGCAACUGGCCGUUUGGAGGCACUUUGUGCAACGUCUACAUCGCCCUUGAUGUCUUGUUUUGUACCUCCUCUAUCCUGACUCUCCUGGCAAUCAGUGUGAACAGAUACCUUGCUAUCUCAUCGCCUCUCAACCACUCGCGGAUCGUUACCCCGAGAAGAGUGGCACUGGCUAUCACUUCCAUUUGGGCUAUUUCCCUUGCUGUGUCCUUUUUGCCCAUCCACAUGGGCUGGAAUACAGCAGACUACAGGGUGCAGAACUUGGACUGGCUCAUAGGAGAUGAGGACAAGGAGGGGCGCUACUGCCAGUUUGAAUGGAACAAUAACUAUAUUCUUAUUUACGUCUUUGCCUCCUUUUACCUGCCCCUGGUGCUCAUGUGUGGAAUGUAUCUGUGCAUUUUCCGGGUGGCACGAGAACAGGUGAGACGUAUCCGUGCCACCACGCCAUCCUUCGCACGCUUAGCCAAAGCAACCAUCAUCCGAGAGCACAAAGCCACAGUGACCCUGGCUGCUGUCCUGGGGGCUUUUGUGAUCUGCUGGUUUCCAUACUUUACGUUUUUCACCUGCAUGGGCAUGAUGGAAAAGACGAAUCCCCCCAACAUCAUUCAUUCCGUUGUCCUGUGGCUGGGCUAUUUAAACUCAACCCUUAAUCCCAUCCUGUAUCCGGCGUUCAACAGAGAUUUCCGUCGGGCCUACGCCCAGCUGCUGCUCUGCAGAGGUCCAUCACAGAGGAAACAGAGCUUCAGUAACAUCUCUGUGCACAAACUGCUGUCCUUCAUUCAUGGAAUAGGAGCCCCUCAAACCACUGACAAGCAGAAAGACCCUGCUAACACUGAACCUGAGGAGAAAAUCCUCCCUGUAUGUCAGGGGACAUAAAGGCAACAGGAGCUGAUGGACUGUAGUUCUUUAUAAUAAAGCUUUUGUUGGAGCUGUACUUGUACAAUUCAGAAAGUUACAUGUUUUAGUAAAAUAAAAUAUUCCAUAAAAUGCAAAACUAUUAAUAAAAGAAAACAUGCUUCUUUCUCCUCACCUGUGUUUAUUCAGUUCAGGUAGCAGAACAAAUAUAUCAAAAAUAAUAAAUAAUGACUUAAUCUUAAAAUGAGAAACAGGUGGUUAAAAGUUUGCAAAGUGUUUAUUUUCUCUUCCUUCGGGCUUGGAAAUGACAGUAAAUGAGUUACCAGGAAAGUGAUUUUCUAUGCAAAAUGUUUAUAUGUUUGACUUGACCUGUACAGAAUGACCCGGGGAACUCUAAGACUUUCAAGCACACUAACUGAAGAAAACAUGUUUUUUUCUUUCUUUUACAACAGAAAAAGGUUAUGAAUGUAACAGAAUUUGCACUUGGAUUGUUCAGAUUUGACUCUGAAUCUGCACUGAAUCAUAUAAGAUGUAAAGUAAUGUUAAUUGUCAUUAAAUGACCACUGUAAUAACCCGGUGUGCCACUAAGCCAAGACUCAUGGAUCUUACAAACUGAUAUUUAAUGACAGCAUAUCUAGCUUUUCUAAAAAGCCCUUGAAAGCAAAGUUGACAUGAUAAUGAUUUGUAAUUCUUUGAUUGCUUUUUGGUAU